CUAAUUGAUGUAAAGCAGGUCAAUGAUUGAAGUAAGUAGGUGUUCUACAAACUGAAUCCAAAAUGAAUACUUGUAAAUUAAUGAACCAGGACAUUGAGAAUCGGGUAACCAAGAUGCCAAAACAGGCACAGAAUACAAAUAUUGUGGUUACAAAUCGCACCAUGGUAAUGGCAGAACCAGAAAACAGGCGUCGACAGAGGUAUGUGGAGAAGGAUGGCAAAUGUAACGUCCAUCAUGGUAAUGUACGGGAACGAUACAGGUAUUUGACAGACAUAUUUACCACUCUAGUAGACCUCAAAUGGAGAUUUAAUUUAUUGGUAUUUACUAUGGUCUACACAAUAACAUGGAUUUUCUUUGGAUUCAUUUGGUGGCUCAUUGCCUACAUCCGUGGAGACCUUGACCACAUUGAGGAUUCAACUUGGACUCCUUGUGUUGACAAGCUGAAUGGAUUUGUUUCAGCCUUCCUUUUUUCUAUUGAGACAGAAACCACAAUUGGCUAUGGAUACAGAGUCAUUACAGAUAAAUGUCCAGAAGGCAUUGUUCUCUUGCUUGUACAGGCUAUUCUGGGCUCUAUUGUCAAUGCUUUCAUGGUAGGCUGCAUGUUUGUAAAGAUCUCCCAGCCAAAGAAAAGGGCGGAGACUCUAAUGUUCUCUAAUGUCGCUGUCAUCUCUGUGCGGGAUAGCAAGCUGUGUUUGAUGUUUAGAGUUGGAGAUCUUAGAAAUUCGCAUAUUGUUGAAGCAUCAAUAAGAGCAAAACUGAUCAAGUCCAAGCAAACCAAGGAGGGGGAAUUUAUCCCUCUUAAUCAGACAGACAUCAACGUGGGUUUUGACACUGGGGAUGAUCGUCUUUUUCUAGUCUCACCUCUUAUUAUCUGCCAUGAGUUCAAUGAACAAAGUCCAUUCUGGGAAAUCUCAAAAGAUCAACUGGGGAAAGAGGAAUUUGAGAUAGUGGUGAUUCUUGAAGGGAUGGUGGAAGCCACAGGAAUGACAUGUCAAGCUCGGAGUUCUUAUGUGGAGCAGGAAGUCCUCUGGGGUUAUCGCUUCAUGCCUGUCCUAACCUUGGAAGAUGGCUUUUAUGAAGUUGAUUAUGAUACUUUUCAUCACACCUGUGAGACACCUACCCCAUCUUGCAGUGCCAAAGAACUAGCUGAGCAGAUGGCGAAAGGAGAGGCCCUACAACUAUCUUCCACCAGCUGCAAAGUCAAGCAGAGCUUAGAAAAUGAAAUAGAGGUGGGGUCAGAGGAGGAAGUUGCACCUGUUGUAUCCAAUGGGGAUAUUAGCAAGACUAAACUGGAUGUUUUGGAAUAAAAAACAAGGGUAUGAAAUUGAGUCAGAAAGAACUAUCCGUUUGGCAAAUAUCCCAGCAAUUCUAAAUCAGAAAUAACUCU